AUGUCUGUUUCAAAGAAAAUUAAACUCUCACUACUAAAUGGUCACUUGAUCUGCGGUCUAUGCGGUGGAUAUUUAAUUGAUGCAACAGUUCUCACGAAUUGCAUUCAUGAGUUCUGCCGUAGCUGCAUUUUGAAAUACAUCUCUGAGCACAACAAUGUCUGUCCUCUCUGUCAAACUCUCAUAAAAGAGGGCAAUUCUUCGACGUGUUGUGAUGCCCUUAGGCCUGAUGUUACACUACAACGCGUUAUCUAUAAACUCGUUCCUGGGCUUCUUAAGGUUGAAAUCGAUAGAGUCUCCGAGUUUCACAAACGCUACAUGAAAAAUCCCUCUAAAGUCGUUCGGGAAGUUCGACAUUCUUGCAAGUUAUUACAUGAUGUUGAUGAUACCUCAUCGAACGAUAAUGGACAUCCAGCAGUCUUAUCCUCUACUCCAACACCUUUGGCUACGCGUUCAUUGUCUAGGAGCUUGAAUCCCAAAAAAUUUCCUAAGUGCCGGAAUGUAAAGUCCUUCCCUCCCGAAACAUCGAUUUCUUGUCUCAUUGACACGACUGAUAACGUCAGCCUUUCCCUUGAGCCUCUUUAUCUUCCUCCUUCUCCUGCAUCAUCUACCUCAAACUCGCCAUUUAGCCAACCCUUCUAUCCAACUCUUUAUCUCCUUUGCCCCGCUUCAUGUACUAUAGCUCAUUUGCAGCGCUUUCUUCUUGCUAAGCAUUACAAUACCCCUUUGCCAAAUUUCUGGACUGUGGAGAUUUUUCUUGAUGGCGAAUACCUGGAACCUGCUCAUAGUCUAAGAGAGCUUGCAUUCCUCUACGCCUGGCCGACACAUCAUCGCGUUCUUCCCUUACUUUAUCGAUUUUCUGAUAGCCAAUCAGUUUGGUGGGGUAGUUCACAGGCCAAAUCUUUAUCACCUCAAGCCUCCCCUUCAUCGAAGAAACGAAAGCGAUUGUCUGUAUAG